ACUACAUUUACCACUUGCCAGCAUGCGUUAUGAAAAUAGCUAUGAUGGUGGAACUUGGUGGUGGAUUUCGGUUCUUUUAGGGUGGUUUCGAUUAAAUUAGGCUUAGUGGAUUUCGGUUAUUCGUAGCACCGCACCCAUCUAAUAUGGGGGAUUUGCAAUUAGGCUUAAAGUUGAAGGACCCUGGAACAUGUCGAAUUUUCUUUUCCUCUCCAUUUGGAGGGAUGGAGGGCGAAAGAGAAGAGCUAACGAGAAAGUAUUUUCCUCAAAUCCACCAUCUCUGUAACCAAUAUGGCGUGACUUUUGUUGCUGUUGAUCUGAGAUGGGGUAUUACAACAGAGGCGUCUGCCACCUCCCAGGUUAUCAACAUAUGCUUGCGGGAACUUGAUCGAUCUGACUUUUUUGUGGGAUUCUUUGGACAGAGGUAUGGCUGGCAUGGCAUAGACGACAAAAGCCUACAAGAAAAUUUUGAAAAUGCAAUCGGAAGGUACCCAUGGCUGGAAAAUUUCAGAAACAAAAGCGUCACAGAACUGGAGUUUCUUCACGGUCACCUCAACAAUCCUGGAGCUUUACCAGCCGUUAUUUGUUUUAGGAAUAAAGAACAUGAUGAGAAGGAGAGAGAAAAGGGUCAAGAGAAAGGAGACAAAAAGCAGGUGUUUAAGUACUCUGCUGAAAGUGUUCUGUCAACCCAGUUCUUGGAGGAUUUGAAACAAAGGUGUUAUCAUACAAAGGAAAAGACUUAUGGAGUUCAUUUAAGUUAUCCAGACCCAGCAGAGGGAGCCAAAAUAAUGUUUGAUGCAAUAUGGAAGUACCUAAAACAGGUUCUACCAAAGCAGCAGAUGGCUGAAACAGAGACUAAGAGAAGCAAACUGUUGGCACAACAUGAUGCUUUCCUGGCCAGCAGACAGAAAAUGUUUGGAUUGGGAGACACAAAUUUGGCUUCUCUUCUAAGCCUCAUUAGUAAAGAGUGUCCAGCACCACUUUUGUUAAUUGGACCCUCAGGAUGCGGAAAAUCCACCCUUUUGAGUUUGUUUAUCUCCAGAGUCAAGUCUGAGUACAGAUCUCAGUUUGCAUUGGCUUAUCACUGUGUGGGACAUGCAGAAGAAAGUACAGAUCCAGGUCAAAUUCUACAGCGACUUGCAGAUGAAAUUGAAUAUGCUUUUGAUGUAAUGGAGGGAAGAGAGGAGACAACAGCAACAAAGAAAAAAGAGGUAGAGGAUGUCAGGGAUAUCAUCAAUCAGCUGGCAGCUGGCAUCAAUAAAAUCCAAAGUAAAGGAAAACAGUGCAUAAUUAUUAUUGAUGGUGUGGAUAAAGUACCUAAAGCUUCAAGAACUGAGGAGAUUUUAUUUUGGCUUCCGAGAAAACUCCCAGAGGGAACAAUAAUGAUCGUAUCAGCUGCUUCUUCUGAAGCAGAAGUCCAAGAGGAGCUUCUCACAAACAGAUCUUUUGACAUGUUGGAAAUUCAGGACCUGUCUGAGGAAAUGAGACAGGAUUUCUGUGUGAAAAUGUUGAUGGAAGCUGGUAAAGAGUUAUCCUCCUUGCAGAUGACUAGAAUUGUACAAAGCAAUGGAGCAAAAAACACACUCUUCCUGAAAGUCCUUCUGAAUGAGCUGAUUGUUUUUGGGUAUUUUCGUCUUCUUGAUCAGAAAAUUGAUUCCUUGGCUAAAACUCAGAGCGUUGAUGAAUUAUUUGAAAAAGUCUUGGAGAGGUUAGAAACUGACUACAAGGAGAGUGAUUAUGAAGGAAAUUUAGUAGAACAGGUGAUGUGUGUUCUGUGCCUGUCUAGGAUGGGAAUGACUGAGGCUGAACUGACCAACAUGUUCUCUAUUCCCUCUCACAUUUGGUCACCAUUUUUCUUCUCUGUUGAAAAUUACUUCAUUGACCAAAGAGGACUAAUUCAGUUUGGUUUUCAAGAAUUUAAGAAUGCAGUCAAAAGAAAAUACUUACAAGAUGAAAACCAAAGGAAAAAAUAUGUGCAAUGCAUAGCACAUUAUUUUGAAGAUCAAAAGCAGAAACUUCCCAAACUGUUCUCAGAACAUAACAAUGAGUUAGCAAGAAUAUCUUCAGAACUGCCAUUUGCAUAUCACUUCCUACAAGACACAGAAAAAUUAGCAGAAACUUUAACUAAUUUGCCAGUGUUGUCUCACUUGAUCAAUCAAAAGCAGUACAUAACAGAACUGUAUGACUUGUGGGAAUUUACCAGUUAUACCUGGAGCAGAAUUACGGAAAAGUAUUUUGCGGCAGUGGAUUUGCAAAUAGCAGAUGUGUACAUUCUGAAAGAAGAGGAGGGGAAACUUGAUCAACAGAAACCUGGACUUUUGGUUAUAGAUGAUCUGUGGAACAUUUUCUCCUUGCUGAAUUACGUGCACUACUUUGAUGGAUGUGAGAAAGUUUUAUGGCGGAUAUUAGACAUUAAUGAGAAAACAUGCAAAUCAGUUGACAAAGCAAAGAAUUUGAGGAGAGAAAGAGCUUUAUAUCACAUAGCAACAACAUACCACAACAACAGCAAGCUGCAGAAGAGUAUAGAAAUGCAUCUACAGGUUUUGGAGAUUCGAAAAAUGAGAGUACCAGACAUCUUAAAAGCAAACCCAGAGGAUUUAGAACUCUUGGGUAUAUCAUACAAUGGAAUUGGGACAAAUUACCUCAUGAUGGCAGAUUAUACCAAGGCUGAGGAGUUUUUAAAAAAGUCUUUAGAAUGUGCAGAAAUAGCCAAAGCUAAGGAGAACAUGUCAAGUUGUUACCUGAAUUUGAGCAGUGUUUAUACAGCGAUGCAGGAUUACCUCAAGGCCAUGGAAUGUAUAGAGAAAGCCAUACAGUUAACCAAAGAGGUAUACUUUGGUCAGCAGCCACUAGCAUUAGGACUUUUGUAUAACAACAUGGGACUGUGUUGUAGGAGAAUGAAUCGAAUUGAUGAGGCUGAAAAAUAUUAUCAGAUGUCCAUCAGUGUAAAGAGGAACACAGUGGGUGACCAUCAUCCUCUUCUGUGUCAAACCUAUGCCUCUCAGAGUGUAAUUGAAUCUUUGCGGGGACAUGAAGAGAAAGCCUUGGAAUAUAACCAACUAGCAAUGGAAAUUUGUAGGAAAAAUGGUACUCCAGAGAAUGAUAGUAUGUAUGCAAAGUGCAGAGAAAACGUUACUUAUAAUUUGAUCAAUUUGAAGAGAAUGGAAGAUGCAGUAGAGUUAUAUCUACCAUUUUUUGAUGUUUUGGAGGAGGAAAUGAACAAUGGAAGUGUACAUCUGAUUGAUGGAACAUUACCACAUGUACAUGCUGGCAUAGUGAACCACUUGAUACAGAACGGUCAAUAUGAAGUUGCCAGAAAAAUUCUCAAAGCAUUUAUUAAAACUAAAGCUUUCAGUCCAUUAGAUUUUGUCCUCCUGGGUGAUGUCAAUCGAAUGCUUGAUCCUGGUGACCAGGAACCAAAACUUGAUUGGAAUGAAGGAGCAAUGUCCAUUGAUGAUGCACUUCAAAAGUGGCCUGCAGACCACAGUUUGUUGGUAUAUAAAUUCAGAAAUCUGAUCAAUGCAGGAAGCUCUGCAGCACUAAUAAAGACCUUCAAUGACUUGUGUUCAGGGCCCUACAACUAUGACAGUCUGUUAAACUUUGUCCUUGAGAUGUUUGCAACUUCAGAGAAUUUCAACAACAAGCUGUUUCUAGAAUUCAACUUAAAUGGUCUGACACAUGUUCCCAAGAGUGAGUUCUGCACAAGGAACAUUGCUGAAAGUUAUGAAAGAGAGAAACAGCCAGAAAAAGCACUGGAAUAUUACAAGAUGUGGACGGAACAGGACCAGGACAACCCGUAUCCAUACUAUAAAGUAUCCUGCUGCUCAGCACUGAGUGGUAAUAUUGAGGAAGCCAAGAAAUACUGCUCAAAAGCCAGAGAAAAGACAGAAAAGGAUGAUAGUGAUCAAUCAGGAUUGGAACAGAAGAUUUCAAGUUUAUGGAACUUGCUAGAGGAAGCACAGGAGAGACAGAACGAAUAACUGGCAGCAGAAUUGUUUUAGUAGUAUGUAAUAGAAAAGUGCCAUUUUAUAACCCUCACCCUAUGAAAAAGAGAGACAAUUCAGCAGAUAAGAACUGAUAAUAUACCUGAAAGAUUCAUCAUUGUCCAAGACUAGAUCAUAAGAUCAAAAAGUCGAAGGUUCCCCCUACUGUAUAUGCAUAUGUUAACUAGAAAACAAUUUACCUGAUAGUUAUCACAUUUCAUUAGGAGUGUAGACAUGACUAGAGGUGUACUUGAUCUACUUCCACCAUCUACACAUUUCAGAAAUCCAGUGCAACACCCAUCUGGAAGGCGUGUGUUGAUGGAUGUCAUGUUGGAUCCAACAUGAUAGAGUAGAGUUAGGGUUGUUGAUAUUUGUAAAUUAUUUUUAUGCAAAGUGAUCGAUGUAGUCAUAUGUUCUGAAUUAAAUUAUACAGGUAUAUCUAAAACCAAUUUCAACAAUUAAAGUAAACUGUACCCUAAUAUUCUAUGCAUAUAUUUCAAUAUGGGGGAAGGGGGGCAUGUAAUUUCUUGUCAUCAGAUCACAGGGGGAAAAAUCCCUGUAAACAAAAAUAAAAAAUGUAAACUAUUUGAGAAACGAAAAUGCAUUUUACUCCAUUUUCUAGAUACUAGUACAUGUAUUUUACAAAUAAUGUUUCAGCUUCAUUCACGUUUCUGAUAUUUUGUGGGCUAUCACCAAUGUUUCAGAUUAUAAACAGAAUGUCUACAGCAACACCAUUACAGACUUCCACGUGCUUGAUACUUGAGGCCAUAUAAAACUUUGUUAUAUUAAUGGGAUAUAUUUACUACAUGUACCUCAUAAUUUAAAGCAUGAAUUUUCUAAUUUGCUAUAUAUGUGAUAUGUACAUUAUCAUUACCAAGGGUAUAUAUAUAUGCUAUUAAUUUUUUUUUACUCAUUUUGAAUAAACUUUACAUUUUA